GUGAAUAUCGGAACGUAGUCACUAUAAGUAAAUAAAACCGAAAUAUACCAAAUUAUCUCUCUCAGUUCCAACGUUUGUUGCCAACAUGGGUAAACCCAGAGGACUUCGCACAGCACGUAAACAUGUCAAUCACAGACGUGAACAGCGAUGGAAUGAUAAAGACUAUAAAAAGGCACAUUUAGGAACUAGAUGGAAGGCCAACCCUUUCGGUGGUGCCUCUCAUGCUAAAGGCAUAGUUUUGGAAAAAGUAGGAGUAGAAGCCAAACAACCAAAUUCUGCCAUCCGCAAGUGUGUUAGAGUGCAAUUAAUUAAAAAUGGCAAGAAAAUCACUGCUUUUGUACCAAGAGAUGGUUGCCUCAACAACAUUGAAGAAAACGAUGAGGUUUUAGUGGCGGGAUUCGGCCGUAAAGGACAUGCGGUUGGUGAUAUUCCGGGAGUACGUUUUAAAGUGGUUAAAGUUGCGAACGUAUCCUUACUUGCUCUGUAUAAAGAAAAGAAGGAAAGACCUAGGUCUUAGAUCACCGAUUAACUAUGUAUAUAUGAUUACAAUAUAUAUACAUUAAUUAUAAAUAACUUGUAAGAAAUAUAACAGAAGCUUGAUGUUGCUGAGCCAAGAAUCAAGUUCAGGACCUUUCA